AUGGAUAAGAAGUUAGAGGAGGAAGAGGAGAGGAAUAGGGAGCGUGAGGCUAAAGAGAAGAGGACUAAGAAGUUAGUGGCGGAAGAGGAGAGGAUUAGGGAGAGUGAGGCUAAAGAUAAGAGGACUAAGGAAUUAGAGGCGGAAGAGGAGAGGAUUAGGGAGAGUGAGGCAGAAAAGGCAGGAACAACAGAAGCAGACCAAUCACAACCAGCACCAUCAGUUGAAGAGAUGGAGGAAGAGGACGGGGAAGAAACAGAAGGUGAAGAACUAGAAGAGGAAGAACCAGAAGAGGAAGGGGAAGGACUACAAGGUCAAUACAUGUUGAAAAAAAGAAAAGAGGAAGAAAGCGAUCCAAAUAUGAAAAAGCUUAUAAAGGAUUACCCUCCAAUGAGGGUGUAUCCUAAAAGUGUCAUAAGCUUGAGCCGGUGGGAUGGUAGUAAAGGAGUGUUGCGCAUAAGAGAUGGUUAUGAGAUAAAGAUCACCCAAGAAAUGGUGGGUGCAAUUACUGGAGUGCCAUGUGGCCGUAUGAAGUGGGAUUUUCCGAAAAAAGUUGAAACGGAAAAGGAGAUAAAUGACUUGGUGAAAGAAUUUGGGAAGUUCAACGGGGGGAUUGACCAAGCACAGCCCCAAGUUGCUAUCUUUGAUGAAGAAGGAAUAUUUCUACAAACCACACAGAUUGCAUAUGUGGACAGAAUUAAGUUUGGAGACUCGAGUAUGAGGUGGGAAAUAGGCGCCCCACGAUUGGGAGCUUGGACAUCGGAGGAAAUUUGCCAGGUUAUAGAAUCAGAUAAGUCUGUUGCUGAUGGAACUUUUGGCCAUGCAGAGGUUGUAAAGGAUGUGGUAUAUGUUCCAGACCAAACUUUGAGGAAGGAACUCUCAAAGGCCAAACCGAAGAAGAAAGCUGGAGAAAAAAGAGACAACAAUAACGUUGCAGAGCAGCCACUGGUAAAGGAAAGCAAAAGGCGUAGGCGAAAACUAUCAGCUCCAGAAAAAGAAGUUAUUCCUCCAUCCAAGACUUCAAAGGGUAAAGCACCCAAGGAAACACAAAAGGAAACACAAAAGGAAACAAAACAAGGUGAAAAGAAAAGAAAGGCAAUUAGUAGAGCCACAUGUCCACAACAGAAGAAGAAGAAGAAGAAGAAGAAGAAGAAGAAUGAUUAUGAAUCGGAGUUUUCAGAACAUACUGAUACGGAUGAGUCGGAAAAUUACAACGGAAAAAAUCACAAUGAUGAUGAUUCGAUACUCACUUGUGUGAUUCUCCUGUUAAACAGCCUACUUGAUGAACAAAUCCUCUUUAAAUACAAAAACCUCCAGUGUAACAGAGGAGUUCUCUAUGACGCCCUCAGGGUGGGAGGAACCAUAACAACUGAGGAAAACGAAAACAAGGACAACCUUGUACUCACAAAGGAGUUUGUGGAGGAUUUUAUAGGAAAUGGAGUUCACAUAACAGCAAAGCGGAAGAUAAAGGACUACCCUUGUAAUCACCGGGAGAUUCGGGAGAGCGUGGCUAGACGUCUACUUGCCCAUGCCUCCGAUGAACUCGAUAACAGAGAAGUGUUUGAAAAACUGAUGGAGAAGAGUGGGAAGACCUUAGAUGAUAGUGCUACGCAUGUUGAAGCUUCUAGCUCUAGGGGUGAGAGUUCUAUGGGAAAUGAGUCCUUGGACCGUGAUGAUGCGGAAGAGAAGUCUCAUGUCGACGACAUGAGUUGUGGUGAUAAGUCGAAGGAGACUACUCUUCCCCCUCUCCCAACUCCUAUUUCCCCCUACCCUCAAAGAUUUGCCGGUAAAUAG